AUGACCACCCCUAUUGCUCUGGAGACGCUGGAGAUGAAUUUGCAGUGGACUAAAGAUACUUAUGAUGGGGUGGUAGGAAACCCUUCUUCCCCAUUGUUAGAUCCUGAUCUCCUAGUAUUUCCUCAGGAAUUCCAUAACACUGCUGCAAGGAGAGGUUCUCCCUCUUGCAUACAUCCUGUGAGAUCAGAAGAUGGGGAGCCAGCUGCUAUCUUAUCUGAAAAGGAUAUUGCUGACUUAAACUUGGAUGUUCAAUUUACUCUUAUUGGCAAAUUUAGCUUGGGCCAUCCGAAGAUGGAACUUGAAGCUCCAAAGUUGCUAGAACUGAUCUGUGGGAAUCCCUGUAGCUCAUCCAAGGAUCAAUUGAUAAGGCUUGGCUUGUGGGAGGAGAUUUCAACUACUUGGAGAAGGAAGGACAUGUGGGAAAGGUUGGAUAAAGUGCUUGCAAAUGAUAACUGGAUCCAAAAUUUUCUACAGGCCUCCAUCACUCACUUAAGCCUAGCUGGUUCUGACCAUAGGCCUUUACUGAUCUCUAUUGGGAAUAUGGAGCAUUGGAAGAAUGACCUUCACCCUGACCCCUUCAUUAACCUGUGGCUUAAUCAAAAGAAGGUGGGCAAAGCUCUUAAACAGUGGAGCUGGGACACUUUUGGGGACCUUCUGCUGAUUGCGGAUAAGGUUGAAAAGGAGGUGAUUGAUAUGGGGGAGGAGCAUAGCAAAGGGAUGAUUGAUGAAGCUGUUCUUCUAGAGGCUAAUGAGAAACUCUUAAAUGCAGUACAGUGGCAAGAACAAUUCCUUCAACAAAAGGCUGCCAAAACCAAAUUCACUGAAGGAGAUAGAAAAACCAAAUUUUACCAUGUCUGCAUUAAAUACCAGAGAAAAUGUAACACUAUUCACUCCAUCAAGGACCAGAAUGGAACUUUGCUCAGACAAGAGGAGGAGAUUGCUGAAAGUGCUGUGCAGUACUGUCAUAACCUUAUGAAUGGGAACAAUAUUGAUAGAGUGCAUAUUGAUAGCAAUUUGUUUGCAGACAACAAUUCCAAAUCUGCUGGCCCUGAUGGGUUUACUGUUGAUUUCUACAAGAAAGCCUGGGAUGUUAUUAAGGUGGAGACUUCUAUCAAGGAAAGCUGGAACCAUUACAGAACCCUGAGCCUUAAUAAUGUCAUAAGCAAAGCUAGAAGCAAAAUUCUUGUGCACAAACUCCAGCCAGUAUUACCUCAUCUUGUCAGCACUAACCAAGCUGCUUUUGUGAAAGGCAGAAGCAUUGGGGACAACAUCCUCCUGGCACAAGAACUUCUACAGGAUUUGGAGAAACCUUGUAGAGGGGGAAAUGCCAUUUUUAAGCUUGACUUGAAGAAGGCUUAUGAUAUGGUGAACUGGGAUUUCAUUAUAGAAUGCUUGGAGGCUAGGGGAUUUUCCAGGGAGUUCUGUUUGAUUAUUAAAAGAUGGCUGGAGGAUAAUGCAAAUUCAGUUUUUAUAAAUGGAAAAUCUCAUGGGUUUUUUAAGGCUUCUAGAGGGCUCAAACAAGGGGACCCUCUAUCCCCCACCAUUUUCAUCCUGGUCCUGGAUUACUUCUCUAGACUUAUUGAUUGCAAGGAAAAUAGAAAAAGCUUCAACACUUAUGACAACAGAGCUAAGAUGGAUAUCAAUAAUCUGAUCUAUGCUGAUGACAUUCUGAUGUUUACUAGGGCCACUAAGUCUGCUACCAAGUCCAUUAUGGAGUGCCUGCAAAAAUUUCAAUAG